GUUCCACAAGGUCUCGAGAGUGAGCAGGGUGUUCCGCUGAACAAGGGCAACAUCUAUAUUGCGGAGAACAGUCCACCCCAAGUCGUGAAAGCAUACCAAGAACAACACCGGAAGGACUUCUCCACGUUUCUCAAAUCCCGUUACGUAGAACUAAGCAUCGGAGGGGGAAUGGUAUUAACAUUCGUAGGAAGAAAAAGCAAACACCCAGCCACAGACGAGCUAAGCUAUCUUUGUGGAUUUAUAACAGAGGCCCUUAACGCAAUGGUCUCACAGGGAAUCAUAUCAGAAGACAAAGUGGACACCUUCAAUUUGCCAAUUUAUGGAGCUUCGAUGCAGGAAGUGAAGUCAGUGAUAGAGGAGGAAGGUUCAUUUGAUGUAGAGAAAGCGGAGAGCUUCGAGUCCAGUUGGGAUCCGUUUGACGACUCCGACAAUGUACUCGAUGGGAAGAAUGUGGCAAGCACUUUACAGGCAGUGAUGGAGCCCUUGAUUUCACAUCAUUUUGGGGAUGCCAUACCCCAUGCAUUAUUCUCACUAGUCGCCGAUAAUAUUACUGCAAGGCACCUCCUAAAAGACAAAUGCAACUACACCGAGUUAGUCUUUGCCUUGAGGAGGAAAGCUUGAAGGCCUUCAUGCAUUACAAUG